AUUUACCAGUUCGAUUCAGUGUGAAAAAUAUCGUCGGCUGUGUAAAAAGGUUGUUCUUUGUACAGCUGCUUUGUAUAGGCAUUUGUGAAAAAAAAAAAAUUCCUACCAUAUUAUGAGUCAAUCCGGUAAAUCACCAAGCCCAGCUCCCUUCCAUGUGGAUUCAGUUCGAGACGAUGACAUCUACAUCACUGGUAUAUCGGGAUAUUUCCCCGAAUCGGACUCAGUCAAACACCUAGGAGAAAAUCUUUUUAAUAAGGUGGAUUUAAUAACCGACGAUGAACGUCGGUGGAAGAAAACUCAUCCGGAAAUUCCACAACGAACUGGGAAACUCAACAACAUCGACAAAUUUGACGCUUCAUUCUUUGACAUCAAUUACAAGCAAGCUCAUAUUAUGGAUCCUAUGUCCCGAAUCCUACUUGAAAAGGCAUACGAGUGCAUCAUCGAUGCAGGUGUCAAUCCCAGCGAGUUACGUAACACGAACACUGGUGUAUUCCUUGGACUUUGUUUUACGGAGUCCGACAAGAUUUGGCAAUAUGAAAAGAUGGAAAUGGUUGAAGGCGGUAUUCUUUGGUGUUCCCGUUCUAUGAUAGCUGCUCGCAUAUCACAUUGGCUAGGAGUCCAGGGACCAUCACACUCAGUCGAUUCUGCUUGCUCUAGCUCUAUCUUUGCAUUAGAGCACGCAGUGGCAUCAAUCCGUAACGGGAACUGCGAUGCGGCAAUCGUUGGUGGCGCGAACCUUGUGCUACAUCCAAUCAUUUCACUGCAGUUUGCCAGAUUGGGAGUAUUAUCACCAGAUGGUGUUUGUAAGAGUUUUGACAAUAGUGCCAACGGCUAUGUUAGAUCAGAAGCUAUCUCGGCUUGUUUUCUUCAAAAAGCCAAGGAUUCUAGAAGGGUAUACGCACACUUAGUCCAUGCAAAAACGAAUUGUGACGGAUACAAAGAGCAGGGCAUUACUUAUCCGGCAGGUCAGGUGCAGAAAAUGUUGCUCAAAGAAUUUUAUGACGAGUGUCAGGUUCCACCUUCUAGUCUAGAAUAUUUGGAAGCUCACGGCACAGGCACUAGAGUUGGAGACCCAGAAGAACUAACAGCUAUAGAUGACAUCUUCUGUCCAGGAAGAUCCAGUCCCCUGUACAUUGGAUCCGUUAAGUCUAAUUUGGGGCAUACUGAGGGUUGUUCAGGACUUUGUUCCGUUGCGAAGCUAUGCAUUGCUUAUUCUACCGGGUACAUUCCACCGAACAUUAAUUUCAAAAAGGCUCGAGAGGGCAUCGCGGCUUUAGCUGAAGGUCGACUCCGAGUUGUGACCGAAAAGACUCCUUGGAACCGAGGCAUGUCGGGAAUUAGCAGUUUUGGUUUCGGAGGAGCAAACGGACAUGUGCUUUUAAGAAACGUCGCCAGACAUAAGGUCAAUAACGGACUACCAGUAGAUGUUCUACCCAGACUUGUAUGCGUAUCCGGUCGAACAGAGUCUGCUGUGGGGAAGAUAUUUGAUGAUUUGGAGUCAAAACCUUUAGAUGUCGACCAAAUUCGUUUGUGGCACGCUAUUCAUGAGCGCAAUAUAAACGGUCAUGAUUUUAGAGGAUACGUCGUAAUGGGAUCCCAGCCCGACAAGAGUGUGACAUUGGCUCGUGAUAUACAGCUUGUGUCUAGUGCAAAACGUCUAGUGUGGUUCGCUUUCUCUGAACUAGGAUCCAACUGGGCUGAGAUAGCUCAUCAACUUAUGACUCUACCUGCAUUUGCAACUUCUAUUCAAAAGUGUCAUAGAGCUUUACAUGUAAAAGGUUUCAACUUAAUUAAAUUGAUAAAUGAUGUCAGUUUUGGCAAAUAUGCCAAUAAUCAAUAUUAUUUGGUCGGUACUGUGGCUGUUCAUAUCGGCAUUACAGAUGUUUUAGCAACCGUAGGCAUUAAACCAGACUAUAUUGUCGGACAUGAAAACUGUGAAUUAGGCUGCGCGUACGCAGAUGGAUGUUUAACCGCUGAGCAAGCUAUAUUGGCAGCAUACAGUAUAGUCAUGGCAUGGAAGUCUGCAUCCGAUGACAGUUCAUUAGCAGAAUUCAUUGCUAGUAUUUCACACAACUCCAAGAGAAACGCUCCCAAGUUAGUGCAGAACUUAAGGGAAAUAAUUCCGUCACCAAAAUCUCGGUCCGAGCGCUGGAUUUCAGUCACCAAGGGAUUAAUUUCAGAAUAUCACUCCAAUUUCUUAACAAAUCCUGUCGUUUUUGAAGAAUCUGUACAUCGAAUCCAAUCAAAUGCAGUCGUCAUAAACUUAGGACUCUCAGUUUUUUUGACUCCAAAGGAUAGUCUUCAUAUUUCCUUAGUCGAUAGAGAAACUAAUUUAACACUUUUUUUGACCACCCUCGGAAGGUUAUACCAAGCGGGUCUUAAUCUUCAAUUAGCGCAAAUCUAUCCUUAUGUACAAUUUCCCGUCGCUCAAGGCACCCCGAUGCUGGCAGACCUAGUGAAAUGGGAACAUAGUGAACAUUGGAAUGUGGUUCGCUUUAGUUGUAGUAACAACUACCAAAGUAAUACUAAAAUCUCCGAGAAAACUGUGAAGGUUUCUCUGCAAGACGAAGAAAAUGAAUGUUUUUCUGGACACACUAUUGAUGGUCGUAUCAUAUAUCCUGCUACUGGUUACCUUAUCCUCGCAUGGAAUAUGUUAGCACAGAUGACCAAUCGUCUAUAUACGGAGAUGUCAGUUGUUUUCGAAGACGUUUACUUCCAGAGAGCCACCAAUAUGCCGAAGGACGGUAUUAUCGAAUUUACAAUUGUGAUACACAAAGGAAAUGGUAAAUUUGAGAUUAUAGAAAACGGAACGCCUGUAGUAACAGGCCGAAUAUAUGAAAAAAAGCACGUCAGACAAGAGUUCAGAGCAAUCCCACCGGAAUCUAAAGAUGAAACCGUAAUUUCUGUAUCCAAACGCAUGUAUAACAAAGAUUUCUACAAGGAACUAAGUCUAAGAGGAUAUCAAUACAGUGGUUUAUUCCGUGGUGUAAUGGAGUGUGAGGUAGAUGGUAAGCGUGGUAGAUUAUUAUGGGCCAAUAACUGGGUUUCGUUCCUGGAUACAAUGCUACAAGUAAAAAUUGUCGCUCAUGAUACACGUUUACUAUAUGUGCCAACGAGAAUAGAAAAAAUAUCCAUAGAUGUCGAUGCACAUUACGAGAUUACCAAUAAACUCGGUCUUAGUGAUGUUCAAAAAUCUCUAGAAUUCCGUGCUUAUAAUGAUUUGGAAAUAACGAGAGCUGGCGGUGCAGAAAUUCGAGGUAUACACGUCACUGCUAUUUCUAAAAAACCUGCCCUGGGAAUACCUAUAUACGAAAAGAACCAAUUUGUACCUAACAACAGCAAAGAAAUCAUAAUGUUUGCAGAUAGUCUCCGAGCUAACCUGCAACUUAUUUUGGAAAAUAUAAAUACGUACAAGUUCAAGACCAUAGAGCUUGUCGAUGAGGAAUACAAAAACAAUAAUCUCGAACCAGUUAUAGAAUUAGUUUGUGAUAUCUUGGGUGAUCUUCCCCUUAUACAAGCUGAACUUCUAGUUUUAAGUGAAGAUGUUUUGAAGCUGCCGCCAAAUGUUACAGUUUCUAAUAAGAAAAUUAUAGGAGAAACCAACACAGUGUUGUUUAUUGGAGCAAAUCUUUUAAAGAGAUCUAAGGUUCUCAGCGAAGGUACCUCAACGUUAAGAAACGAUUGUUUUGUUUUAAGCCGUGAGACCAUUCUUCCUGAUAUUGCAAGACUCUCUCUUAUGUAUGAUUAUGUUACCGAACAUUUUACUGGUUCAGAAUAUCUUAUUUUACUGCGAAAGAAACGUAAUUGUAAAGUUGCUAAAUAUAUCGAAAUAGUCACAAAAGACCAUACAUAUUCUUGGAUAGAUAAAGUAAAAGGAGAUAUGAAAGAUGGACGAAAAAUUGUGCUGUACAAUCAAAAUGAAAAAAUAAAUGGCCUUCUUGGAUUGGUAAACUGCUUAAGAAAAGAACCUGGUGGUGAAUUAAUUUAUGGUGUUCUUAUAUCUGAUCCCAAAGCACCACAAUUUAACCCAAACCUUAAAUUUUAUAAGGACCAGCUAGAUAAGGAGUUAGCUGUUAAUGUUUUCAAAGAUGGCCAAUGGGGUACGUACCGUCACCUUUUGCUCAAGAACCUGGGCACAGUCAAGGCAACACAUGCGUACGUCAACACUGCAACUAUUGGAGAUCUCACGUCACUUCGUUGGUGGGAGGGGUCCAUUACCAAGGAUAAAAUUUUAAAUAAUCCUAAGGCUAAAAUAGUACAUGUUUACUAUUCCGCGAUGAACUUCCGUGAUGUGAUGACAGCGAUGGGUCGCGUGACGUUGGAUGCGGUAGCUCGAGGUCGACUAUCUCAAGAUUGUGUGCAAGGCAUUGAAGUAGCUGGACGAACUGCUAACGGCUGUCGUGUUAUGGCCAUCUGUGACAGAGGGAUCAGCAACAUAGUCCAGACAGAAGAGAGCCUCAUUUGGCCAAUCCCAGACGAGUGGACAUUAGAAGAAGCAGCCACUGUGCCUGUUGCAUAUGGCACUGUUUUUAUGGCUUUAAUAAUGAUUGGUAAAAUCCGUUCUGGUGAGUCGAUCUUGAUCCAUGCUGGUUCUGGUGGUGUGGGUCAAGCUGCAAUUAGUGUAGCCCUGCAUCACGGGUUAGAGGUGUUCACAACAGUGGGUACACCUGCCAAGAGAGCCUUUAUUAAGAGACUCUUCCCACAAAUUAAAGACAGUCACAUCGGUAAUUCCCGAGAUAUUUCUUUUGAGCACAUGAUUCGACGUGAAACAAAAGGCAGGGGUGUUGAUGUGGUCCUCAACUCUUUAUCAGAUGACAAACUUCAGGCAUCAGCUAAGUGUCUAACGUACCGCGGCAGAUUCCUUGAGAUCGGAAAAUAUGAUAUCACUAUUAACACGCAGAUUGAAAUGUGCUUUUUCAAAAAGGAAAUCUCUUUCCACGGUGUUAUGUUGGACUAUAUUUACGAUAAGCACUGUUUCAAUUUAAGAACGAAAUUAGGGGAGCUUAUUUUGGGUGGUGUCGCAAGUGGAGCAGUGCGGCCUCUCACCUACUGCUCGUUUGAUAAGACAAAUGUUGAGGCUGCAUAUCGGUAUAUGGCUGCAGGAAAACACAUUGGAAAGGUACUCAUCAAAAUCCGUGACGAAGAACCUCAAACUCGUAACAGCAUUGUUAAGCCGUCGCACAAUGUAAUUGAUGCUGAACCUAGAUAUAUGUGUUCCGAAAAUGAGGUGUAUGUCUUAGUUGGAGGUCUAGGAGGAAUUGGUCUUGAGUUGGCCGAUUGGCUGAUAUUGAGAGGUGCAAGAAAGAUUCUAAUGUGCUCCCGAAUAGGAAUAUCGAAUGGAUACCAAGCGCUGAGGAUAAGGACAUGGCAAGCAUACGGAAGUGAUAUCCAGAUUUCAACCCAUGACGUGACGUCUGAGUCCGGUUGUGAAGAAAUGCUUAAAAUGGCUGCUACAAUGGGCUCUGUGAGAGCCAUUUUCAAUUUGGCGGUCGUUUUGAACGACGCAAUAUUUUCAAAUCAAACGCCUGAGACUUUUAAGAAAUCAUAUGGGCCUAAAGCUUCUACCACCAUCCAUCUCGACAAACUUUCUAGAAAACUUUGUCCGGAAUUAAAAGAUUUUGUGGUGUUUUCGUCAGUAUCUUGCGGUCGUGGUAACGCCGGUCAGACCAAUUAUGGUUUCUCCAACUCGGUGAUGGAAAGAAUUUGCGAAGAGCGAAAGAGUCAGGGUUUUCCAGCUUUAGCAAUACAAUGGGGAGCUAUUGGUGAUGUGGGAUUAGUUGCUGACAUGCAAAUAGAAAAUAUUCAAAUGGAAAUCGGAGGUACGCUGCAGCAGAGGAUUUCAUCGUGUAUGCUAGCAAUGGAUAAGUUCUUGAAACAAGACGCUGUUAUCGUAUCAUCUAUUGUAGUCGCUGAGAAGAGACUCUCAGGUGCUGGCAUUGGAAGCAUUGUCGAUGCCGUUGCACACAUUAUGGGUAUUGCUGAUUUAAAAACAGUAUCGCAGCAAGUGCCGCUUUCAGAAAUAGGCAUGGACAGCAUUAUGGCUGUUGAAAUUAAACAAACUCUAGAGAGAGAGUUUGAAAUCUUCCUUGCCGCACAAGAGAUAAGAACAUUAACGUUCGCAAGAUUGGUGGAAUUAGAUAAAUCUGUUUUUGAGACAGAUAAAGAUGCAUCAAAGCAAACAGCAUCAAUGUUAGUUGGUCCAGGCCUGGUAGAAAUUCUCUUAGAGAACUGUGGAGACGAGGAAUUGUCAGCUAAACCUUUCAUUGAUAUACCUGGUUGUGAUCCACAAUCAAAUAAAACAAUUUUCAUGCUACCUGGCUUAGAAGGUUGUGCAACUGCGUUGGAGCCGUUAUGCAAAAAAAUAAAGAUCAAUACUUGCGUAAUGCAGUUGGGCCUAGAACAUGUGAAUGAAGAUAUGGACCAUAUGGUUCAAAGACUAUACAAGACAGUGAAGUCGAAGUUGUCUCCAGGAGCACAUUUCUACUUGCUGGGAUAUAGCUUCGGAACCUUGCCAAUUUUAAAAUUAGCCCAAAAAUUAGAAAAUGAAGGUCAUGAAGGAGUUGUGUUCUGCUUAGAUGGAUCACCAGAGUUUUGUGCGUCUUCAGCAACAAAUGUUUUGAGUUGCACCGAUGAUUUUACUAUGCAAAACAGUUUGCUUCUGUACAAUCUUAGCAAGGUAGCUCCCAAUAUCAACAUUGAGGAAGUAAAGGCUAAAGUUCUACCCAUUCAAUCAUACGAUGAGCGGAUCAAAACUGUUUUAGAAAUAUGUCCAGUUAAACCCCACUACUCUAUCAAAUUUACAAGUGAUAUGUUUAAAGCUACUUUUUAUCGACUUAAAAGUAUUUUAAACUAUGAUAACAAACAUCUUAAAUUGAAAGCUGAUGUAAUUCUUCUGAGACCAAUACAUACCUCUAACAUCAAAUGCAACGAACACUACGGACUAGAUAACUUGACGGAAAAAGAAGUGAAAACACAUUUAUUGGAUGCCGAUCAUGUCAGUAUAAUUGAGCAUGAUGACAGUGCGAAAAUCAUAAACUCAGUGAUUGAUAAGAUGAUAAAAAAAGAUUGUAUAACAUUGAAGGACACAUAAAAGUUCAAAUAAAUGUAUUAAAAACUUAA